AAUUUGCUUUUUCUCAUAAAUCUAUAAAUACAUCUUCUUCUUCCUUCCAUACAAAGUACAAACCCCGGACAAUUUUACUUACAGAGAUCAGAAAUGGCCAGCCAAAAGACCAUGACCGACGCUCAGGCCGCCUUAGGUCAACAGCAGUUGCAUAGAGAUGCAGCAACGAACCAACAAUCUGCACAAAACGCCGGUAUCGUGGAACAGACUGGCGAUUCUGUGAAGAGGAUGACACAAGGAGCGGCGGACAUAGCCGGCGGAGCAGCAAGUGGGGUGCUGGGAUUAGCACAAGGUGCGGCGAUGGGAGCGGCGAACGUGGCUGAGGGUGCCGCCGGCGCCGUGAAGAACACCUUUGGGAAUAAUCCAGGCUCACAAAAUACGACAAGCCAACAACAUUGCCAAAACGCUGGUAUUGUUGAUCAGACCAAUGAUUCAGUGAAAAGGAUUGCAAAUGGUGCAACGGACGUAGUUGGUGGAGCAACAAGUGGAAUGUUUGGAUUAGCACAAGGUGUGGCAAUGGGUGCAGCGAAUGUAGCCGAGGGUGCGGCUGGUGCUGUGAAGAACACCUUUGGGAAUAACUCAAGCUCACAAGAUUGUAACGCCAAACCCUAAGUUUGAAGGCUUAAAAAAUGUUUAUAUAUGUUGUUUGAUAAGAAAAGAAUAACUACGAUAUUAAAAAAGAAUAAGAGUACACACUAAAGAUGUCAUGCAUAUAAGUUGGUUCA